AUGGAUGAAGCGAUUCGGCGAAAAUAUUGUGGCCUUCUAAUGUUUGAUACACCACCUUCCUUUCCCUACAAAUCUAAUGGUAAAGUGAAUUCUUCAACACUAACCAUCGACCAUACAACUUCGCUGGAAAAUAGCAGCAUAAGAACUCAAGACAAUUUCGUUUUUACUUCCUUCUUGGAACCAAUUCGAGUUAAACCUCAACAUCCUAUAAAAAAUAAACAACCUAUUACUUAUAACGUAAUAGAUUCAGAUUCGUCGUUAUUAAGCAACGAGGUCGAAAAGACGUCAAAUUUGGUGCAGCCAUCUUCUAAAGAUAGAAUUCCCCGUCCUCCAAAUGCCUUCAUCUUAUAUAGGCGUGCAAAACAACUCGAAGUAACUCGGGAACAUGGAAACAUUUCUAAUGGCAAAAUUUCAAAAAUACUUGGCAAUCUCUGGAGAAACGAAAGCGAAGAUGUAAAACAUUAUUGGCAAAAAAUUGCUGAUAAAAAAAAA